AUGCACUCUAAAUACCCGAGCUUGCUUUCCCUUGCCGUUAUUGCUAGUCAGUCCUUUGCAGCGCCGGGUCCUUAUGAGUCUCGUGCAACGGUGGACUCAGUGUCAGCUACUCUCGAUGGUGUAACGUAUAUCAACAAGGGACUGGUUGGUUUCGGGCUUAUACCAUCAAACUUCACUGAAUCGACGGGGGACACACUCGGUGGAUUCGGAAGUGCAAUUGCAAUAAAACGGGGAACUUUCAGACAGAGAAAUGGUGUUUUUUCGGGGACAUUGCUAGCUAGACCUGAUCGUGGAUUUAACGUAGACGGAACGAUUGAUUAUCAAGCUCGGCAGCACGAAAUAGAUUUUCUGCUGACACCCUAUUACGGUUCUACAAACCUGACAUUUCAGGCAGCUCAAGAAACAUUAAAGAUUACUUAUCGGAAUACGGUGCUACAGUUCGACAGGCUUCACAAGAAGACAAGUGGUCUGGACCCUACUGCGGUGAGAAAUGCACAAUUUGGAUCCAACAUCAUCCCCUUCUUGGAUCCAGCGAUGCCAAUCGUCUCUAAAGACGAUAACAGACUCGUUGUUGACGUCGAAGGGCUAGUCGCAAACGCUGAUGGAACAUUUUGGGUUAGCGAUGAAUACGGGCCUUAUAUUUACCGUUUUUCAGCAACUGGUCAACUUAUACAGACUAUCCAACCCCCUGAUGCUUUUCUUCCCCGUGACGCAUCUGGAGCGUUGAACUUCACCUCAGAAGUCAAUCCCAUUACAGGCCGUUCGCCAAAUCAAGGAUUUGAGGGUUUGACUUUUGACGAUUCAACCAAUACCCUAUAUGCUAUGCUGCAAUCGGCCACAAUCCAGGAUGGAGGGUCUUCGAAGCCCACAGCGCGUAACACGCGUCUCCUCGCAUACGACGUCGGAAAUCCAGCUGCGAAACCCAAGUUGAUUGGAGAAUGGGUGGUUCCGCUCCCAGGCACCGCGAGCAAAGGAAAUGUCCUAGCGUGCAGCGAAAUCAAAUUCGUCAGUAAGGGAAUAUUUUUAGCACUUUCCAGGGACGGUGAUGGACAUGGAGGAGGCGACAACAAGUCGAGCUACAAGCACGUUGAUUUGUUUUCUAUAUCUCAAGCUACCGACAUCCAUGGCACCAAAUUUGAUAACCCUGCUAACCCAGUCUCUCCUGGAGGAGUACUUGACAGCAGUAUAGUUCCUGCUCAAUACGUUUCCUUCGUCGAUUUGAUUGACCCCGUUCAACUGGGUCGGUUCGGGCUACACAACGGUAAACCCGCAGACCCAACUCUUAUCGAUGCAAAAUGGGAGUCCCUUGCAUUGGCGCCAGUGAACGAUCCGCAGUUCCCAGAUGACUACUUCUUGUUCACAGUUGCAGACAACGACUUCCUCACCACGCAGGGCAUAUCUCUUGGGGAACCGUACAAUGCUGGUAUAGACGUCGACACCCAGUUCAUGGUCUUCCGGUUGACAAUGCCAAGCAUAGUCAAAGGAAGUGUGCAGAGGUCGAUUGGGAUACUUUGA